AUGUCGCAACCUGCACACAUAGCUCCAUACCUGACCACUCAGGCGCCAAUGAGCGUAUUUUGGUGUUUCUACUCAUAAGCUAGGUCUAUUCUCAAGCCUACCUUCGACGAAUAUUGCAGAAGUUUUGAAGAGCAGUGUGACAAGAAGGUAAUCGAGUUUUAUCAUCCGGAUGCGGCCCUUGUCGAGAUUGGGCAGAAGGGCGUCUAUGGAAAAGAAGCCGUAAAAAAAGAACUUUUGGAUUACGACAGAAGAAUGGGAAAGUCAAUUAUGAAGGUGAUAGAUGAACACUAUCAGAUGACAGAAGAUUACAUCUUUCUCUGUGGACGACAUGAAACUGAGACAAUGUUGGGUGGUCCACGUAAAGGAGAAUUUCACCUAAUUUGGAAAAAAUUCGAUGACAAAUACUUGAUCCUACAAGAUGAAUAUUUUAGUGAUGCAAGAAAUCCAUAA